CAAAAGGCAGAACUAUUGGCCCUAAUCAAUGCAUUGAGACUCAAGUCUGUCAACUACUCUGAUUCUGCAUAUGCAGUAUUCACAGCCCACGUGGAGCUGCCUGUGUGGAUCAGAUGUGGAUUCACAACUUCCUCUGGCCGGCCUAUUACUCAUGAGAAAGAAGCAAGAGAGCUCUCUGAAGCCAUAAUGUUGCCAGACAAAGUGGCUAUUAUCAAGUGCACUGGUCAUUCCCAAGGAACUGACCUAAUAUCAAAAGGCAAUGAAGCAGCAGACUUGGCGGCAAAACGUGCCUCUGGCUACCUACAGGGUCAGUUUGUGGUCACAUCUGAGCCAGACGUGACAUCCCUCCUACCAGAAUUCUCAAGAGAAUUCUUAUCUGAGCAGCAAGAUAUGGCUGCUCCUGAAGAAAAGUCUGUGUGGAAAAACAAAGGGGCAAUCAGACAUGAUGAUGGCCUUUGGACAGCACCUGAUGGUAGAGCUUUGCUCCCAGCGUCACUAGUCCCAAGCGUGUUGAAAGAAGCCCACACACAUGCACACUGUGGUGAUAAGCAAAUGUCGCGAGCAUUGCAAUCAUGGUGGCAUCCUUUUAUGCCACACUUAAUUUCUGGAUACAUAAAGACAUGUGACAUCUGUCAGAUGCACAAUGUCAAACCAACUAUGAAACCAUCUCAGGGAUCGUUCCCAUUGGCAAAUGGCCCUGGAGAUGAAGUUAUAAUUGAUUUCACUGACAUGAUUGAAAGGGUAAAUGGUAAACGAUACUUGCUUGUUAUGAUUGAUGCAUAUACUGGAUGGCCAGAGGCCUUCCCGGUGGGCAAGGAAGACAGCACUGCUGUCAUUAAAUGUCUGAUAAACCAUUACAUUCCACGUCAUGGUUUUCCAAGCCGGGUCAGAUCUGACAACGGCUCACACUUUAAAAAUGAACAUCUGGCUGAUGUGGAAAAGGCAUUGGGUUUAGUACACCAUUUCGGGGCAGUCUAUCACCCACAGUCACAAGGUAAGGUUGAGCGGUUGAAGCUAACAUUGAAAAACAAAUUGGCAAAAAUCUGUGCACAGACUAAAUUGACAUGGUUUGCUGCUCUUCCACUGGCUUUGAUAUCAGUAAGGAGCUCUGUGAGUAGGGCAACAGGAUACACGCCCUUUGAACUGUUGACUAGUCGCCAAUUUCCUGGCCCACUGACCCCACUACAAUUGGAACCAGUACAACCGUUAUCACACAAAAUUUACUAUGACAAAUUGACUGCUCUAAUUGAAUCUUUUGACAAAAUGUUACCAACUGAUUUUAGGGGACAUGAAUAUCCAGCACCACUACCUGACCGAACUUGGGACUGGGUGAGAUUGAGAAUCUACAGGCGUAAAUGGAAAGAGCCUCGCUGGUCUGCUCCAAUUAAGGUAAUUGCACGCACCUCUCACUGUGUUCGUCUUGCAGGAAAAGGUUACACUUGGUACCAUCUGAGCCAGUGCUGUCCGGCGGACCCGCCAUCCAGAUCAUUGAACGACACCAGAUCAUGCCUCGUCUCAGACAUCAGUUAUUUCCUGCUCUACAAUCUUGGCAACACAUGA